CAAUAUCUUGCAGAAAUCUACUACCGCGCGAAACCUAAACGUGGAGUGAUCAACCAACAGACACCCCGCUCCGGUGCGCAUCCCCCGCGACGCUAAAACUAGUGUUUUGUUUUGUUUGGUUGGUCAAGGAACGGUUUCCGGGCAGUUGUGAAACGUACGUCGUCUUGUUUGGAAAGUGAUGUGAUGUGUGUGGGAUAAGUCGUCUAUAUAGUCUCUGUGGGAAAGUAAUUAGAUUUUUAUUCUGUGCCUGUGCUGCAGGCGCCCGCCGUUUCCGAUUUAAUUGUUCUAGUGUUAUUUAUUUUUAAUUUAUACGUAAUCUAAAUUAACUUAUGGCAAGGAAGUAUAAGUAAUAAAGUCUAUUGAGUUGAGACGAACUCCCACAUUGGUUUUAAUUAAAUGCUAAUUAGAAAUGCGAAAGGUUAAAUAGCGUCUGUUUUACUGUUUAAAUAGGUUAGUCUAAAACCACAGAGCAUGUAAUUAUAUCUAAGACUGGCUAGGGCUGCAGUGCAGUCGUCGUAUGAAUUUAAUCUCUUGUAAUUGGAAAAUUGUUGAAUAGUAAUUACAAAUAAAUAAAACCGCUAAAAUGAGUGAUGAAAAAGUGAAGAUGCGAAAGCAGCUCGGGCUGCUGGAAGGUGUAGCUAUUAUUUUAGGAAUAAUAUUCGGUAGUGGUAUAUUUAUAUCGCCCAAGGAGGUUUUGGAAAAAACAGGGUCGGUAUGGGGUGCACUGUCUGUUUGGGCCGCUUGCGGAGGCCUAGCAACCCUUGGCGCCAUGUCCUACGCAGAGUUGGGUACCACAUUGGCACAGAGUGGUGGUGACUACCAUUACAUUAACGAGGCCUAUGGACCAUUACCUGCAUUCCUGUACUUAUGGGACGCUAACUUAGUAUUUGUGCCGAGUACAAACGCUAUAAUGUCACUGACCUUCGCCAACAACAUUCUGGACCCAAUAUUUCCCGACUGCCCCAUAGACCCCUUGUGUAGAAAACUUAUUGCAGCUGUCACUAUAUGUUUCCUCACGUUUAUAAACGCAUACGACGUCAGAUUUACGACCAGGAUCCAGAAUGUGUUCAUGUUCACCAAGAUUACGGCGCUCGUCAUCAUCAUUGUCGGCGGCAUCAUCUGGAUGGGCAAAGGUGGGACUGAACACUUCGAGGAUGGAUGGGCUGGCACGAAGUCAUCGGUCAGCGAUUGGUCCGUUGCAUUCUACUCCGGUAUCUUCUCAUACUCAGGCUGGAACUACCUAAACUUCAUGACAGAAGAACUGAAGGAUCCCUUCGUGAAUCUUCCGCGAGCGAUCUACGUGUCCCUGCCCAUGGUGACCGCGAUAUACCUGCUGGCUAAUGUCUCGUACCUGGCUGUUCUUGGGCCACUGGGAGUAUUGGCUACUGAGGCUAUAGCCGUGGACUUUGCAACGUCUUGCCUGGGUUUCCUACGAUGGGCGAUGCCUACUCUGGUCGCAAUCGCUAUUCUGGGCGGUCUGUCGGUGCACAUCAUGACAUCAUCACGCAUGUGUUUCGCCGGCGCCCGCAAUGGACACAUGCCCGAGUUACUAGCCCACAUCAAUGUGAAAUGCAUGUCACCGAUGCCUUCCCUUGUGUUUUUGAUGCUGAUCUCAAUUCUGAUGUUAAUCCCGGACAACUUGACGUCGCUAAUCACUUACUGCACGGUGGUGGAGUCCUUCUUCACCACGUUGAGCUGCAGUGCAGUGCUAUGGCUCCGGUACAAGAGGCCUGACCUGCCAAGACCUAUCAAGGUACAACUGUGGAUGCCGAUAGUAUUCGUGACUAUAAGCGCGGUGCUGCUGGUAGUGCCGGUGGUGAGCGAGCCGGUGGCCGUCAUUGCCGGCGCGCUGAUGACACUCGCCGGAGUCCCAGUGUACUACGGCCUCGUGCGCUCCAAACCAAAGUUCGUCGAGACUGCUUCUACCAAAUUCACUCACUGCUGUCAAAAGCUGUUCCUGUCUGCCGUCGAAGAAAAAGAAGAGUAGAUUCUACCUAAGAUAAGUACGUAACAUUAUGUACCCAGUAGUAUAGUGAUUAUAGUACUAUCAUCAUGUCAAUACCAUGUCAUAUUCGUAGCAAUAAUUAAGGUACUUAACAUGUACUUAUAAUGAAUGUCUAAAAGCGACUUUAUUGUUCAAUUAAUACGCUAUAAUAGGAAGAAAACUUUUUAAAAGGGUUCUGUCAAUACCUUUGUAGUUUUGUAUGGCGCAUUUCCCGCGUCUUGUAUUCGCAUUUUAAGUAUCCUUACUAAUAGGUAUUAAGGAGGACUAUACCUUAAUUCGAGUCGGAAAUAUUGAUUUUAUAUUAUGGCGAAAUGAUGUUAACGUCACACCAACUUAGUAUUACAAUAACGUGCUAUUAUGAUAUUCGAUAUAUCGAAAUCGAUUAUAAGUAAGCGUAGCUAUAAUUCUUUGAUAUAUUUGUAGUGCAUAAGAUAUAAAAAUCAAGUAUUUUGUGUAGUGCUCCUUUUGUAAUAUCGUUAUAUAUAGCUGUUGCCCGCGACUUCGUCCGCGUAGAAUAUUAUGCUUUCUGUUUUAUCCCGUGGGAGCAUUUAAUCGGUAUAAAAAGUAUCAUAUCACCUAAGUUAGCCCAUACCCUGCUUGUAUACCACAAUCCGUUCAUUAGUUUCAGCGAUUGAGAGACAAAUAUCCAAAUAAACAACUCACAUUUAUAAUAUUAGUGGGAUUUCGUAUAAAAGGUCCUCCAAGAUACACACCAUGUCGUAACUAUCGUAAAAUUAUUACACAAGGAACUUGAUAUGUGCAUUAUUGGCUUCUGUGACUUGAGUCACAGAAUACCUGUAACGAGUAACUAAUGACAGCUACCGUCGUGUGAGUGGUGUACGCUAAUGGUAGUUGGGCCGACUGUACAUAUAGUACUUGUCUCUGUUGAAUUAAUUGUAGGCAUACAGUGACUUUGGAAAUCAGUAUUCGAUAAUAAAAUUAUUCUGUAUCAUAGGUCUAAAUCUUCAAUUAAUCUAUUCGCUAAAAGCUCUCAUUUUUGACUGAUAUAAUAACAAAUUGUGAUAUCUAAAGUUAAUUAGAAUUUCUACCUACCAAAUUAUCGAUUAAAAUUUAAAGUCUUCAUACUAUGGUAUAAAAGUAAUUAUUUUUCUUCGUAAAAUAUAUAAAGUUCUCAUAAUUAUACCUUUAUGAGAUAAGAGACAAGUGAUGAAAAUCUCUACCGAUUUAUGAAACAGUAAUUUGUGUAAUGUACAGAACAAUAGGUAUUUCAGUAUAAUUAAGCGUAAUUAUAUUACCUACAGUAGCUAUUAAUCGUAGAGCAAUUACUUAAGAUGAAAUCUCUCUUAUACAUAGGCUCAUACAUUAAUGUUUAGUAUUGUACUGUAUAUGUUAAACUCGAGUAAAUUGUAAUCUUCCUAAUGGUGCGAUUAAAAUUUUUUAAGUUACGCAUCACUAAUACUAGUUAUUUGGGCACUGUCGACUUUAAAGUUAUCGAUACCAAUGUAACGACUCGGAUUAUGGUAUAGGCACCUUAAUUUAGUAUACCGCGCUUUAAUAUUUAGCUUUAUAUAAAGCAUACUUGAUUAGGUCUUCGUAGCGAUAAGUAUGUCAUAGUCAUUUACAUAUAACAAGAGGCUUAUAUUCAACGGUACGUCGUACUUACGUAUAUUGAACUGAAUGUAUUAAGAAAGUUCUGAAUUGAAUCUAUAUUUUCUAAUGUAAUAUUUUCGGGUGCCAUAAAAUAUGGUAACGUAGAAUUAAGUCAUAUGUAGUGCUCUAUCUUUGUAUAUGGGAAAUUUUUAACUUUAUUCAAUCUUCUAUAUCAUUAGGGGCGUAGCGGGGUGUUGAAGUCGCUUUGUGAUCUCUUGGUCUUUGAUAGAUUCAUUUAUUUGCCUGAAAUAUGGUGAUUUACAGAUUUUAUGACAUAACAUUAGUUCAUCAUAUCUCGCUUAUAAAUAUGGCAUGCAAAUACUUCAACAAAACUAAAUCACAAUUUUCAAAAAUGAUUCUAAGUUAGAACAAACAAUCUAAACACAACCCUUGCUAAUGAUUCCAAAUUUGGGGGAAAAUUUGGGGAUGACGUUCGGUAUUUGAAUUGAAGUUUCACUAGAGGUAUGGUGCUGAUCUAAUCGUGUAAAAAUAUCGAUUGAAUUACCUAACCGUAGAGCAAUUACUUUCAUUGUUAAAUAAAAUCACUGCUUGCCUCUUGCACCUACCAUUUACUCUUCUCUGCAUCACCCAAAGGUCA